AGUAUUUCUUGUCAGAUGGUCAGGAAGCCACGGGAAGGGGUUGGAAGGUGUCAAUGUUUACAAACUGAAAUUGGAACGGUUCCCGCAAAAUACAGUUUACAGAUGGUGUGGGUAUUUAUCAUGAAUCGAAUGAGCUCGCAGAGCAAUUCGUCAGCUCAGCGAAGGCGCAUGGCUCUAGGAAUUGUCAUUCUCCUGCUUGUUGAUGUUAUUUGGGUUGCUUCUUCUGAACUUACAUCGUAUAUUUUUAAGCAUCAAGAAUAUAAUAAGCCUUUCUUCAGUACCUUUGCAAAGACAUCCAUGUUUAUUCUGUAUUUGCUUGGAUUUCUCGUGUGGAAGCCGUGGCGACAGCAAUGCUCAAAAGGAUUUCGGGGACGUCAUGCUGCUUUUUUUGCUGAUGCGGAGGGCUACUUUACAGCAUGCACUACAGAUAGCAGUCUGAACAAUUCUUUAAGUGAACCACUCUAUGUUCCUGUGAAAUUUCAAGAUGCAGCUACUGAAAAGAAUGGAGAUAUUAACACUGAAUGUGAAUCACCAGCUCUGAAGAAAACAAGAGUUCGUUUUAGCAAUAUUAUGGAGGUUAGACAACUGCCAUCCACACAUGCAUUAGAAGCAAAACUUUCAAGAAUGUCAUAUCCUGCAGCAAAAGACCAUGAAUCAAUGUUAAAAGCGGUUGGAAAACUAACAGUGACACAAGUGGCAAAAAUCAGUUUCUUCUUUUGUUUUGUGUGGUUUCUGGCCAAUUUUGCCUAUCAAGAGGCCCUAUCAGACACACAAGUAGCCAUUGUGAACAUUUUGUCCUCAACAUCUGGACUCUUCACUCUUAUACUGGCAUCAAUAUUUCCUAGUAAUAGUGGUGAUCGGUUUACUUUGUCUAAGCUUUUAGCAGUAGUUCUAAGCAUUGCUGGAGUAGUCCUUGUAAGCCUGUCUGGGUCUGAUAGCUCUGAUGGGAAGGACACCAUAGGUUCUGUUUGGUCAUUAAUGGGUGCAGUGCUGUAUGCAGUUUACAUUGUGAUGAUCAAGAGAAAGGUUGACCGUGAAGACAAACUUGAUAUUCCAAUGUUUUUCGGCUUUGUUGGCUUAUUUAACUUGCUGCUGUUGUGGCCCGGUUUUUUCCUGCUUCAUUAUACUGGUUAUGAAGACUUUGAGCUACCAAGCAUGCUUGUUUGGGUGUAUAUAAUCAUAAAUGGACUUAUUGGAACAGUACUGUCCGAGUUUCUUUGGUUAUGGGGAUGUUUUCUCACUUCAUCGUUGAUAGGGACACUUGCAUUAAGUCUUACAAUUCCUUUGUCAAUAAUAGCUGAUAUGUGCAUGCAAAAGGUGCGGUUUUCAUGGUUAUUUUUUGCUGGAACUGUGCCUGUCUUUCUUUCCUUUUUUAUUGCCACCCUUUUGUUUCAUUAUAAUAAUUGGGAUCCAGUGAUGGUUGGUGUACGACGGGUUUUUGCGUUUAUUUGUCGGAAACAUCGCAUACAAAGACCCCUCAUUUUUGCAGGACUCCGGAUGAUAGUGAGCAGUGUGAAAGCCUCAUUCCUUUACACAGUGUUUCUCAGGAUGAGGGGACCAGCUGCUGUUCAUAAACCACAGAUCACGCAAGAGCAGUCUUCAGCGAUGUGACAAUCUGCAACAAGCCUGAAGGAAUCUUUAUUUUUCAGUGCCUCUUUUUACCUUUUUUUAUGUAAUGUAAAACAUUUGAUAUUUUUGAGGCAAAGUUUUGUUUGUAAGAGCCCACUUUCUACUUGACAUUUAUUUUUUUCUGUCUAUUUAUUUUAUAUUUUUUUUGGAUGGUACAUAUUUCAGCUGAACUCCACAAUAGUCAUAUUUUUGGAGUUGAAGACCUGCCUUAUUGAAUGUAAAGGCUCAGAAAAAGGGAAAACUACUUGAAUCACUACACAUUGCCGUGUACUAGAGCCCAUAACAGUUCCGCUGUAUGUUUGACGAUGCUGCAAAAAGAGUAGUGAACUCUGUGGUCAGCCACAUCAAUAUAUGUGAACUGGUACUGCAUUUUUCACGCUAAGCUGAAGAAAACUUAAUGAUCCUGUUGAAACUGGUGUAAUGUUGCCAGUGUUCAUCAGUGUAUAUAGCAUUUAUGAUCUGUGUAUUAUGUGUUUCCUUAUACAAAAUGAAACACUUAUUAGUGGUAUUUCCUUUCCUUUAAGUGUGUGUAUGUAUGUAUGUAUA